AUGUCGCGAAACAGCAGUCAGAGACAACUCAAGGCCAAGCAGGAGGAGACCGCCCGCGGGAUCCCCCUCGAGCACACGGCGCCCGCGGACGUCCUCAUGGAGGGCAUCGUCGAGAAGCUCAAGCUCCUGCAGUACGAGCAGACCUUCUGCAAGACGCGGAAACCCGCCUGGCCGGCCCUCAGCCGCGGGUUCUUCGCGCUCCCGGGCUCCCGCGAGGCCGUGCAGCCGUUUUACUACUUUGUGUACCUGGCGGGGUGGCUCCUGCGCGAGGGCGGGCACCAGUACGAGAGCCCCGCACAGUUCGAGGACCCCAACGUGCUCAUCAGCGGCCUGCUCUCCGCGCUGCGCAAGGCCGGGUUCAACACCGGCCAGCUCUCCGCGUCAAAGCUCCGCAGCGGGGUCGGCGACGCGGUGUGCGGGGUGCUGGACGCGCUGGUGGACCACACAUUGGAAGUUAAGGGUUUCAAAUUCCAGCCCCCGCUGCGGCAGAAGGAGCCGUCGAUGGAGUACCAGGACAUCGACAUGACGAGCGAGGAGGAGGAGGAGGUCGGCGGGUUCGCGGACAGCUUCGAGGAGGCGGGGGGGGACUCUGGGCUGACGUCGCUGACCGCGGCGCCGCCGGUGCCCACGGGGCGCGGGCGCGGGCGCGACGUCGCGGACGGCGCGAAGGACGCGGCUGCUCCGGCGCGGUCCGCGGCCGCGCCGAUCGAGUCGAGCAUCCGCGACGUGCAGAGCUGGCGCAUCGAGGCCGAGCGCGUGGCGCCGCAGCUGCGGCUGCGCGUGGAGUCGGACGUGAGGGACUGGCGCGCGCACCUGGAGCGCGCGAAGGCGCACGAGGAGGAGGUGCUGCGGCUGCUGCCGCCCUCGAAGGCGCACCUGGGCAAGCUGAUCAGCGAAGUGACGCUGGAGCUGGACAAGCUGGCGAGCCGGGAGCGCAACCUGAACGAGCAGUUCGAGACGCAGCGGAUGGACUACCAGUCCGCGAAGGACAAGCUCGACACGACGCGCGCCAACCACAACCGCGAGUCGGACAAGCUUGCCGAGUUGACCAACCAGCUACAGCACAUAGAGACGGAGCUCGAGGACGUGCGCAACAUGCUGGACGAGAAGGGCUCGAGCAUCAGCGACUCCUCGCCCGUCCUGCGCAUGAAGGCCGCGAUCCGGGACCUCCAGCGCGAGGUGCGCGACAUGGACGUGCGCGUCGGCGUCGUCCAGCACUCCCUCGUCCAGCACGCGCUCAAGGACCACCGCGAGGCGGCCACGGGCAGGGGGCUCGCGGCCAUGUAG